UUUCGAAGCGAUAAGUUCGCGAAUGAAUGCUUUUGGUGGUUUAAAUCUGAUAUAAAACCUGGCUAAUUCAACUAAUAGGAAGGUAGUAAUAGGACAUUAAAUAUGUAAUAAAAUAUUUAUCUUUCUUUUUUUAAAUGUGCAUACAAAAUUGUGUGGAGUAACAGAUAUCCGAGUGAAAUUCAACAUGACAUUUUUAAAACUAUUAUUAAGUAAUAGUAUAAUAUACCUUGCCGUAGUGGCAACAGCGAGUCCUAUAGAUGGCGAAGAAUCUAAAAUCAUGGGAAACGAUGAACAAACGAAAAUCAUGCGCAAUAGUGCUUUAAACAAUAAAUCAAGCAAUAUAUUAAAUUAUAUAAUUCCAAUACAUUAUAACAUAGAGUUAAUGUUACUCAAUAAUUAUCUCCGUAGCAAAUGCAUAAUCACUUUAGAUAUUUCUUAUGCAAAAGAAAAUAUAAGUUUUUAUGCACCGGAUUCAGCGAGUUUAAUAGUGUUGACAUUAAGGAAAAAUAAUAAUACGAUUUAUGAAACAAACUCAACAAAUUUGAUUAAAAACAAUAUUGUCCUGCUCGAUUUUGGUGAUAUCUUGUUGCGUGGAAUGUACGAUCUGUAUAUAGAGUAUGAAAUCUCACUUAAUAUUGUAAGGGAAUCUUUCGGAAUUCCGUACAUAGACGAUAAUAAAGAAAUAGAGUGGUUAAUCGGAACAGGUAUCCCAGCGAAAAGACAGCAAAUAUUUCCACAUUGGGACAAGCCAGAAUUAAAAAUUACUUUUAAUAUUUCUAUAAUGCAUCACCCAAGAUACAAAGCUUUGUCAAAUAUGCCGAUACGAGAUAUUGAAUUGACGAACGAUAAAAUGAUAUGGACAUAUUUUAACGAGACUCCUUCGAUCUCCUUAGAUAGUGUAGCAUUUCUAGUUUCCAGUUUUCAUCAGAGCAUUCUUCCGAAAAAUGAUACAAUUCGUUCAUCCAUAUGGUUCAGACGACAAUCGGAACCGCAUCUAGAAUUUGCGAAAACUGUUAUUUCUUCCACCAAUGUAUACAUACAUGGAUGGAAUAUUUGGAGAAGACAACUUGCGGGGUUACCCUCUGUUUUAUUUGAGAGCAAAAUGGAUCAUGUCGUAAUCCCGGAUUUACAAAAUGAAAUCGAACAGACCUUUGGUUUUAUUUUUUAUCGAGAAGUAGAUAUCACUUAUAAUGAAGAAUUAGAUUCUGUCGCACACAAAACGAUAAUUACGCGUUUAGUUGCACGUGGGAUAGUACAAAAAUAUAUUAAAAGUCUGUUCAGACCAACUUAUUUAUGGCCUCAUACAUGGUUAAACGAAGGAUUUAAUAUAUUUUAUCAAGCAUACAUUAUCGACAAGGCUCUGCCAAAUUCCCGGAUGAUGGAUCUGUUUGUAGUUCAAGUUCAACAUGAAUUACUCUAUCUAAAUACUUAUGUUGUUAUAAAUUCUACUAUAGAAUAUAAUAAUCAUGAAAAUUAUUUUCACUCUUCUAUUUCUCAUAUGAAAGGAUCCAUUCUAUGGCGCAUGUUAAUACGAACAUUACCAUCUGAUAUAUUUUCAACGGAAUUCAUCAAACAUUUGAAUAAUCAACUUAGUGAACCUGAAGCAGCAACUGCCGAUCAUUUAUGGGACGCUUUGAGAUCUAAGAUGAGUGAAUUAAAUCCUAAGUAUUUUAAUAUAAAAGAUGCGAUAAAUUCGUGGAUUAUGGAGAGGUAUCCUUCCGUGUUGAAAGUGAAGCGAAAUUAUUCUACUAAUGUUGUAAGCGUAUCGGUACAAUUUCGCGACAAAUUAGAUAAGGAACAAUAUUAUAUUCCUAUUAGUUAUGCUACUGAGUCAAAUCCUAAUUUUAUCAUAACUUGGACGAAUAUUUCGUUAACACCAUGGUUUUCAAAAACUGAACUCUAUCUUGAGAAAAAUCAAUGGAUUAUUUUCAAUUUACAACAAGCUGGAUACUAUCGCGUUAAUUAUGAUAUUGUGAACUGGCGAAAAAUUGCACAGUAUUUAAAUUCACAAAAAUAUCGUAAUAUACAUGUUCUCAAUCGAGCGCAAAUCAUCAAUGAUGCGUUUCAUUUUGCGAUAGAGAAGGAACUUGAAUUCUCCGUAUUUUGGGAACUCGCUUCUUAUUUGGGACAGGAAAGAGAUUAUAUAGCAUGGUAUCCCAUGCUCAAAGCAUUUGAAUUUCUGUCGAACAUCUUUCCAUUCUUAAAUUUUUAUCCUGAAUUUAAGGGCGUGCUAAAGUUUGAUUUUAUGCAGAAACAUAAAAUUAGUAACUGGAAUCUGUUGAACCAAAGUCACAUCAACGAUCGUACUAAAUGUUUAAAACAAGAACUUGCAAAAUGGAAAUGUAUUAUGAAUGAUCAUUCUUGCGAAGAAAGCUCUAAGCGUCAUUUGAAAUGGCAUCUAGCAAAUCCUAAAGAAAACAAACUUUUGCCUGGAUGGAAGAGGUGGACAUAUUGCAAUGGCUUAAAAACGGCAGAUCAUGAUACAUGGGAUAUAGUUUUUCAUAAUUACAUGAAAGGAAAUGAUAAAAUGUUUGAAUGUUUGACUUAUAGUAAAAAUUCUGAAAUUUUAAUACAUUAUUUAGAAAUUAUCACACAUGCUGUAAUAAUUUCACAAAUUUCAAAAUCUUUGUAUAAUCAAUUUCAUCUUCAACUUGAAUCGAUAGAACGAGCUUAUACCUUAAAUGCUAAUAUUUUCCUUUCUAUUCUUGAGAGGAAUACUAAGUACAUGCUUACAAAUUUAUUAAAAAAUUACAAAAUAAUAAGACACAGAAGAGUCAAUGAGAUUGUGACAUUAAUUGUUAUAAUUAACAAUGCGUAUUCUAAGGGACAGUUGGGCGAGAUAAGCAAAUUUGUAAAAAAGGAGUUGAAAAAUUCAGUCAUUCCCAAUAUUGAAUACAAGAUAAAAACACGCUCGUGGGAGAUCGAAAAACAGAUAUAUUAUUUUCGAUCUUUAUUUAACAAUUGAAUAACUAAAUCUUUAAGAUAUUAACUGUGUAGAAAUUAAAAAUACAGC